UUUACAGUUACGCUUCCAUUUAACGAUGGAGGAGGAAUUUUUCUCCGCAGAAGAACCCGAAUUGGGUGGCCACGAUUUUGUGUUUGUAGAUGAGUUGUCUCUCGGCCAAAUUUGCCCAAUUUGUCUUGUGGCAAUGUGCAAUCCCGUACAGACGGUUUGUGGCCAUCGCUUUUGCGAAAGCUGUCUAUUGGGGACAUUUAGGGAAGGAGUUGGCCGGGUUUGUCCUCAAGAUAGGACUUCUAUUCCUGAAGAUGGGGGGUAUUUUCGUGACGUGGCGUGGGAGAGGGAUAUACUUUCUCUACGAGUCAAAUGCAAGAAGAGUGCGAGAGGAUGUGAUUGGACCGGAAUGCUCCGUUACUAUGAGGAUCACGUUCAGUUGUGUGAAUAUGAAGAUGUUUUUUGUGAUGAUUGUAACGAAGAGUUGCAAAGAAGGUCCCUAAACAAGCACCAAACUACAGAAUGUCACAACAGGAUUGUGCAAUGUGAACACUGCGCAGUAGAGUUUGCCUUCAGGCUUACAGAGAGUCAUGAAGAUGAAUGCCUGCGUUGGCCGCUCGAUUCGGGAUGCAACUUUUAUGACAAGAGGAGCAAUCUAAACGCCCACAUUGCUGCGUCAUGUGAGGAACAUCUGCGCAAAACGUGGUCCAAGCUGCUUCAGACAACAGAAAGGGUAAAUGAGUUGGAGCAAGUGGAACUUCACAUGCAAGCCGAUAUAGAUUCCGUGAAAAAGUCACUGGAAGAGGCCAAAAAAGACGUUGUACAACUUAAGCUGUCAGAGGCACAGAGAAAACUUGAAAAUCUGCAAUUGAAAAAAGAUGUGCUUGAGCUGCAAAAGAAGCUUAAAGAAUUGCAUCCGGUUAUUAAGAGAAGGGAAGUGUCCGAUAGCGACACUGAAAAAGAUUUGACGAAUGAAGAAACAACUAAAUCGAAAGGCCAAUUUUAUGCUAAACCUGAUUACUUAUCAUCACUACCUUUUCGUGACCUAUCAUACUCGAAACAAUGGCGUGGUAAAAAAGAACUCGGAAAAGUUCCAAGUCCACAUUAG